CGCAAUCGAACCUCCCCUUCCACCCACAGCUCUUCACGAAACACAUAAUGAGUGUCACGGCAGUCAACAGUCUUGCCCAGUUCCAUGAGCUCAUCAACGGGGAUAAACCUGUCGUCUUCGACUUCUGGGCGACGUGGUGUGGCCCGUGCAAGGUCAUCAGCCCCAUUUUCGAGAAACUGUCCGAGCAGUUCCCCCACAUCGACUUCUACAAAGUAGACGUCGAUCAGCAGCCUGAGAUCAGUCAAGAAGCUGGCGUGCGUGCAAUGCCGACAUUCUAUCUCUUUAGGAAUGGGCAGAAGGUCAAGGAACUUGUCGGCGCAAACCCGCAAAGUCUCCAGCAACUCCUGGCGUCCGCGGCGUGAAAUGCAGCUGGUCGCCUCGUCUAGAUUUGUACACCCCGUCCUCUGUAUUGUGAACAUGUCCUGUACUUAUACCACGCUGUAUAACCAAAUAAUGCGAACUAUGACCUCCUGUACAUGC